AUGGCGCCCGAUCGGACUGGGAAGAGCGUGUUCCUGGGGAAUAUUCCCUACAACCUCACCGAGGAACAAGUCAAAGACAUCCUCAGCACGGCCGGUACCGUUACAAAGUUCCGGUUGAUGAUGAAUCCUGAGACCGGCAAACCCAAAGGAUAUGGAUUCGCAGAUUUUGCAGACGCCGACGCCGCUGCCUCGGCGGUGCGCAACCUCAACGAUCACGAAGUCAUGGGCCGCAAGAUCCGUGUUGAUUGGCCUCACAACAACGAGAAAGAUUCCGUACCCCCAGAUUACUCGCAGCAGUCGCAACCAAUGAUGAACCAAGAUACCACGCAGCAGCAACAAAUCACAGGCUCAGCGCCACUGCCUCCUUUACCCCCAGGCGUGGAACUCCCGCCUCAGAUCGACUGCCCCAACGCCAUCUCCCAUACUCUCGCAUCCCUCCCACCAAAUCAAUUGCUCGAUGUCUUGACACAAAUGAAAUCUCUUGCGGUUGCCGACCCAGCACGUGCCACUGAGCUGCUGCGCCAAGCGCCUCAGCUCGCCUACGCCGUCUUCCAGGCUCUACUCCUCAUGAAUCUGGUCGAAUACCAGCUGCUUGGUUCUAUCGUCGAACAGGCCGCCCAGCCCCCCCAAGUGGCUCAACAGCCAACCCCUCAACAAUUUCAACAGUAUGGUGUUCCUGGUCAGAUCUCUACACCGCCUGUCACCGGCACUCCUUUCGCCCCUCCCCCGAUUCAACCUGCCGCCCCGAUGCACGGCCAGGAGGAACUCCUUCAGCAAGUCCUCAGCAUGCCCCAGGCUGCUAUUGAUGCUCUGCCUCCCAUGGAAAGAAGCCAGAUCAUGCUGCUACGCCAGCAAUUGAUGCAGGGUGGCAUGCGGUAG